ACACUAUAAUAUUAGAUAAGUCUUCGCUAAGGUUAUAACCUUAAUCGCAAUUUUAAGGGAUUUUUUUUAAUCAUGUGUGAUAUCUUAACUUGAAGAUACAAAGUCGAAAGUAUCAUUUGUUUGUAAAGAUUUUAGUUGACGGCUAUUAAGAUCCACUAGAAUUAGUAAAUAAAAAGAUGAGCGAAGCAAGUGAAAAUGGAGCUAGCGAAAAACCGCGCCUGAAUUUAGAAAUCGUAAAGUGCAGGGGGAUAUUGAUCGCUAAGUGUGAAAGGGAUGAAAUCGAGAAAAUGGAGAUGCGAGAUGACGAUAUAUGGGUCUGUACAUUCCCCAGAUCAGGAACGACAUUAACUCAGGAGCUUGUUUACCUGAUAGAGACUCUUGACUUCGAAAAGGCAAAGUCUGUUCAGCUAGAUGACAGGUUUCCCAUUAUAGAUGUUAAAGAUGAUAGAUUUCCCUAUUACAGAGGGGUGAAAUUUGUUGAACAAAUGCCUUCUCCUCGAAUGGUAAAGGCACAUGCGCAUUUCGAUUUUCUGCCUGAGCAACUGCAGAAUGGAAAAGGAAGGAUUAUUUAUCUGGCCAGAAACCCUAAAGACGUAAUCACGUCUUAUUUUCAUUUACUGCAAUGGUUGGAUGAAUUGAGGGACGAUAACAACACGUGGACAUCAUUCUUUAACUCAUUUAUUGAUGGCACAGCUCUUCAUUGUCCGUGGCCAAGACAUGUGUUGAAAUACUGGGAGAGACGGAAUGAUAGCAAUGUACUUUUUCUGAAGUAUGAGGAGCUAGUAAAGGACUUGCCAAAGGGUGUCCGAACAAUAGCAAAGUUUUUAGGAAAAGACAUUUCGGAUGAAAAUGUUGCCAGAAUUUGUGACCAUUGCAGUGUCGAAAAUAUGAAGAAGAAUGAUAAAGUGAAUUUGUCCUACUGGAGGGAUGUUAAAAAAGUGAAUGACGACGCUGGUGGUGGAUUUAUCAACAAAGGGAAAGCUGGAGCAUGGAAGCACGUACUUACACAAGAGGAAUCGGAAAAGAUUGAUAUCCUGCUGAAAGAAGUUGAAAAGUCUGGACUCACAUUUGAGCUCCAUUAACUGAGUCUUUUACAAGUUAAAGCUGAAUGAUUAUUAUGUAUUUCAGUUCUGUGCAUAAUACCAAAUUUGCCAAACAGGAACUAAAGAUGUGAUAUUUAUUUUGAGAUAUUUUAUUGUAAAAUUAACUCAAACGCAUCAUUUUUUAAACAAGUUGUAGUAAUAUCUUUAAGAUUUUUUUUUAAUUUUAAUGUCAGCACACAUAAGCUGACAUGGGAGGAUAUUCCGAAAAUUUCGAAUGGAUAUUGUAUGAACUGUGUUAAAAUAUAAUGAUUGCAGCCUGACAGAUGGGCAUAAACUAGCCUAGGCACUAGCAUUCCUGGAAAAAAAUUAGCUUUUAAAGCAACCUUUAAGUCCCGUGUGGCGAAAGGCAAAAAUCUGUUUGUAUUUGUAGGCUGUGAUAUUAUAUCUUCUGGUUGUUUGGGAUCGUGCUUAUCGUACUAUUCCGUUUGAGCCAUUGCAGUGAUUGUUGCUAAUAUUUCAUAACACUCACGAACAGACUCCAUCAAACAAAACGGAGUUUGCUACUAUGUUGCUUAGUUACAUUCUAUGUUUCGAAGAAUAUGCAUCUUUUAUUUUUUAGAAUCAUACAUUUUAUUUUACUUGAUUGAAGUGUUACUUAAGAGGAUAAUCUAAACACUAUGCAAAAACUGCCUUAUUUAAAUAUUUACUAAUUAAAAACUUUAAAUUAAUUUACAAGUAUAAUUCCUAAGCUUGAUUGUGUGCAUUGCAUAUUUACAAAUAUACUGGAAAAUACGAGAUAAAACCUCAUAUUUAUU